AUGAUAAGAAUAUCAAAUAUGGUCGUCUUUAUGACAUUAGUAGUUGUUGCUACUAUGUUACAAAGUUCAUCGGGACAAACUGCGCCUGCACCAUCCCCUUCUAGACCUCCAAUGACAUAUACUGUUGGAGAUAGCCUUGGUUGGCUUGUGCCCCCUGGUGGUCCAAUCGCAUACGAAACAUGGGCUAGAGGCAAGACUUUCAUGGUUGGAGACAUUCUAGUUUUUAACUUCACCAAUGGAGCACAUAAUGUAGCUGAGGUGAGGAAGGCAGGUUUUGACUCAUGCAACAGCUCGGCUGCCACCAACACUAUCACCACCAGUCCAGCUAGAAUCACCCUCACCACAGCCGGCGAACAUUUCUACAUUUGUACCUUCCCUCAGCACUGCUCAUUAGGUCAAAAGCUCGCCAUCAACGUCACAAGAGCCAACUCUGCUCCAGCACAACCACCUGUUACUCCACCACCAACAACCACCCCUUCACCGGUUGCUACCCCUGCACCAUCCCCUUCUAGACCACCAAUGACGUAUACUGUUGGAGAUAGCCUUGGCUGGCUUGUGCCCCCUGGUGGUCCAAUUGCAUAUGAAACGUGGGCUAGAGGCAAGGCUUUCAUGGUUGGAGACAUUCUAGUUUUUAACUUCACCAAUGGAGCACAUAAUGUAGCUGAGGUGAGGAGGGCAGGUUUUGACUCAUGCAACGGCUCGGCUGCCACCAACAUCAUCACCACCAGCCCAGCUAGAAUCACCCUCACCACAGCCGGCGAGCAUUUCUACAUUUGCACCUUCCCUCAGCAUUGUUCAUUAGGUCAAAAGCUCGCCAUCAACGUCACCAGAGCCAACUCCGCCACACCUCCUUCAAGCUCGGCCCCUACACCUUCCUCAACCACCACCCCACCACCUAGCACCACUACUCCUCCACCCAGCUCCGACAAUCCUACCAAUCCCAGUAUUCCCACUUCACCAUCUCCUUUCACCGCUCCUCCUCCACCAGCUAGUGCAGCACCACCAUCUUUCCGUGUUGCAGCCUUGCCAUUCACUUUGUUGUCCAUUGCCUUGGCUUUCUUGUAUUAA